AUGGAAUUGGAUCCUCGACUCGGAGCAAGCAGCGGCGAACGAGCCUCUUCAUUGACCAACAACAACAGCUCCGCUGACGGAAUUGUUAGGGCGUCGCCGUCCCGCCAUGAGCCUCCCCCCAGUGGCGCCGCCCUGAUGUCGCCAGCUCACGACGCGCACCAUGACGCCGUCGACAACAACGGCGACGGCGCCGAUACACCCGACGCGCCGACGGGUCUGACACCACAACAGCAGCAGCAUCACGACACCGAUCCCGAUGGAGGGGACGCCAAGAGGCCGAGGGCAUGCGAGGCGUGUCGCGGGCUCAAGGUGCGCUGCGAGCCAGACCCCAACGACGAGGGGCCCUGCAAGCGAUGCCGCAAGGCUGGGAGGAGCUGUGUGGUCACCAUGCCCACGCGCAAGCGCCAGAAGAAGACGGAUAGCAGGGUCGCCGAGCUGGAGAAGAAGAUUGAUGCCCUGACGGCGAGUCUGCAAGCGAGAGCUGCGCCGCCUGGGGGCCACGGACACGGCGUUGGGGGCUCGCCGACCGUACCAUACAAGCCCGAUCCUGCUACCGCCGCGACCCCGGCAUCUUCUUACAAUAUCGCCUGGAGGAACCCCAACCAUUCCCCCGCCUGGGGGUUACCUACACCAUCACAUAGUAUUAUGUCUACAGCGCCAACGACGGAGCAGGGUGGGAGGCCGGACCGACCAUCCCCUAGCCAGCCGAUGGGGGCAUCCAAUACAGCGACAGCUGGGCAGAAGAGGAAGUUUGAGGGUCGCCAAGGUCCAGAUGAGCACCAGCAGCAACAGCGUGCAGAGGAGACGCCAGCAGAGGCACUGGCAUCGUACCUGACGAGGGCAAAGGGAGGCGACAUUGUCGAGCGGGGCAUUAUCAGCAUGGAGAAAGCGGCCGAGAUGUUUGCGCGGUAUAACGACCACAUGAUCUUUCACCUCCCCGCCGUCAUCUUCCCGCCGGGCUUCACGGUGGCCGAGCUCCGCAGGACUAAACCAACGUUGUUUCUAGCCGUCAUGGCUGCGGCGACGGCUGAGUCGCCUGUUCUCCAGAAGACAUUGCAGAAGGAGCUGAUGCUCGUCUUUGCUGAAAAGGUGAUGCUCGCGGGCGAGAAGAGCCUUGAGAUGGUGCAGGCGCUCAACGUGGCCGUCAUAUGGUACUGGCCUCCGGAGCAUUUCGAGGAACUCAAGUUCUACCAGCUGGUGCACAUGGCUGCCGUCAUGGCCGUUGACAUCGGUCUCGGCCAGAAGGUCAAGCAGCGCCGUGGCAAGGUGAUACCUGAUAGCUGGCGCACUGGUCCCAUUAUUGGCCCGACUCGGAGAUGGGCUCCGCCGGAUCCAACGACCAUGGAGAGUCGCCGGACAUGGUUGACGUGCUACUUCUUGGCGGCUAACACGUCUAUGGCCCUGCACCGGCCGAACCUGAUCCGCUGGAACCCCUUCAUGGCUGAGAGCGUCAAGAUCCUCCAGUCUUCACCAGAUGCUGCGCCAACCGACGCCUACUUUUGUCAUCUUGUCUGGACUCACCGUCUGUCAGAGGAGGUUGGCGUCCAGUUUGGUCUCGACGAUCCUACUGCCAACAUCAGUAUCACCGACCCAAAAACCCAGUAUACUCUCAAGGGGCUCGAGCAGGACCUUAAAGACUACCAUGAAUCCAUUCCUGCAGAUCUCCAACAGUCAACCCUUCAGAUGAGCUUCAGUGUCUUGAGCCUCUAUAUGCACGAAAUGGCCCUGCAUUCAACUGCUGUGGAACCCUUGAGGCCUCCCUUCUCAGCCGACUCCCUCCGCGAUGGCCUCGUGAACAACGAGAAGCUGACGGCUGCUCAUAUUAGCGCAAUAUCGACAUGCCUCAGCUCUAUCGACAGCCUCCUCAGCGCGUUUCUCGCCAUGGACGUCUUCAAUGUUCGCUGCCUCCCCGUCUUCAACUUUGUCCGCGUCGCCUACGCCGUUGUAAUGCUCAUCAAGCUCUACUUCUCAGCCUCGGCGCCGGGAUCGGAGAUUGGUCGCAUCUUCAACAAGAACGACAUGCAGGUCGGUCGGCACCUUGACGCCCUGCUCGACAAGUUCCGCGCCACGGCGGCUGAUGAUCGUUGCCGUCCCGCCGCAAAGUUCCUCGUUGUCCUUGUCAUGCUGCGCAGCUGGUUCUACAAGCAGUCCAAGGCUGAGGCUAAGGAGUCGGGUUCAGUUCCUCCUACACAGCAGCAGCAGACGCCCACUCCAAUUAAUAACUCGUCGUCGCAGCCUUCAGAGCGCCCCUCGACCGCAAACACCCCUUUACAGCUCCUGUCCGAAGUCGCUACAGGUGCCGGCGCCGGCGCCGCUCCCCGGAACCGUGAUCCCUCCGGCGGCCGGCCCUCGGUACUCGGCUGGGGCACGGCCAUGCCGCAGCCCCCGCAGCCAUUCUUCCACGACAGCACCCAGUCGGCCGACACGGCCGGCUCUUCGGGUUCCUCCCUCCCGCCCCCGGGCCCGGCCACCAUGUCCCAGCUGGAGCCGCCUCUCUCGGCAGAUCUCGCUGCGGCUAUGGCACCCGUCAUGCCCACCCUCCUGCCCACCACGUCGGGCGUCGGCAACGGCUUCAACGCCGCCGACAUGCAGGACUUUAGCCUCGCGCCCGGCUGGGACCUCGAGGGCAUGGGUAUGGGCAUGGGCUCACAAGGCAUGUGGGAGGACGGCAUGCGCAUCUUCCUCGACGAGCCGUGGUUCAACGACGUGUUCCAGGGUCUUCCCGGGUCUGGCAACAUCUUUAGCUUCUAG